AUAUGGAAUACCCCUAGGUAACGGGGAGUUCAGGGGCGUCCGGCGACAGUUCACCGCGGACAUUUCACCGCGCGACACUUCACCGCGGACAGUCCACCGCGCGACCUCACACCGCUCCGACCUUACACCGCCACGUUAUUUCACCGCCACAAUGCCAGGCAGUGCAGAAAGGAGAAUGGGAAAGGGAGUAAACAAAGGUGGAUGACCCUUGUCUACCUGAGCGGUCUUAGGGAAAACCCAAGAGAUGCGAAAGGGUUGCAAAAUGACCUCUCGUGAUACGAAACUCAUCGCAGUCCGAUAUUAACUGUCGGACUGAAAUGUGUGUAGUGCGUUGUUUUACAGAACUUGUUCUCGUCGUUCGUUUCAACAAUUGAUUUUAUUAGUAUGGUAAAUUUUAAUUAUUGAUGAAAUUUUAAUUUUUGAAAAGGUGUUUAAGUUUUGGUGCAAUAAUGGAAUUUGUUAAUAGCUCUAAAGGAAAGCAGCAAGUUGUUUAUAAAGGGUAUUUAUACAGCACUGAGAAAAAACUUUCUCAGUCCGAAAUAUGGAAGUGCGUCGAAAACUGGAGUAAAAGGUGUCGCGGCAGGCUUCGCACCAGGAAAAUGGAAUUUUUACAGAUAGUCGGUACUCACAACCAUCCACCGGAUCCAGCAAAAAUACGUGCCAAGAAAUUCAUGUCACAACUCAAGGUAGAUUCAAAGGUCACAGGGGAGUCUACCCACAGUGUCGUCAGCACAGCUUUAGCUGAUUUUCCUACUUUUUGUUCUAAUGAGUUGCCGAAAAUGUCGUCUAUCAAGAGAAAUGUGCAGAGAACUCGCGUGAAGGCAACAGGAGCACCUCCUAAUCCUAAAUCAAGAGAAGACUUGAUUAUUCCCGAGGAGUACAGAGUAACUGUCGACGAAAAACCGUUUUUAUUAUUUGAUAGUUGCAGCGAAAAGAAACGAAUUCUUAUAUUUUCCACGGAAGAGAAAUUAAAUCACUUGUGCUCGGCCGACCAUUGGUUUUGCGAUGGAACUUUCUCGUCAGCGCCUCAUUUAUUUGAACAGCUGUACACAAUUCAUGUUGAAAGGAAAUCUUAUGUUCUACCGGUUGUGUUUGUGUUGCUACCAGACAAAACGGAGGAGACAUACACAAGAAUGUUUGAGGCCUUAUUGCAUUUGAAGCCACAGCUGAAUCCUUCUACCGUCAUGAUUGACUUUGAAAAAGCCAGCGAAAAGUCAUUGCGCCAACUUUUCCCAACAUGCACCAUCAGAGGCUGUUUUUUUCAUUUUAGCCAAUGCUUGUGGAGACAUCUCCAAAAAGA